AUUUCUUUCCCCUUUCUCGGCCUUCCUUUUCUUCUUCCCUCUGCCAUUCUUCUUCCGGGAGGAUCAGAGUGGGAAAACAUUUUGAAGGGUUGACCUAAAAUUUGGUUCCCCAUCUCCAACCUGGUUCAAAGACCCCAACUUUGGUUCUGGACUGUGGAGUUUUCUCUUGAGUUUCUUUUGGGGGGGAGCAAACGGACAAGCGGGUUCAUUUCUUCCGUUUUCCAAGUUCCAGCCUUUUUCUCCUUUCUCGUUUUUCUAUGCGUCCAAGGCUGGCGAUAGUUAUUGGCCGGCAGAAACGAGAGGUGGAGUGUAGCUGGUACAUUCUUGACGCUUAGUCCACAAUCCGACGGUCUGCCGGACGGACGGGGGGCUGUUGCCGUGAGUGAAGUGGGAAUAUCUUCCUCUAAAGUUUAAACUCUUUGGCUCAGAAAACUUUCCCUAGAUUUGCAGUAGGUUUUUGUGCAUUGCUUAGCUUCUUUGAGGUAUCGGCCUGCCGCAAUUGUUGCCUUGGUAUUGGAGGAAAGGUAUCAACUUGUUUCUUCCCUGCAUUGCUCUGAGAGAUGGCUUGCAUGAAGCUGGGAUCUAAGAGUGAUGCGUUUCAGCGGCAGGGCCAGGCCUGGUUCUGCACGUCCGGCCUUCCAAGUGACAUAACUGUAGAAGUUGGGGAGAUGUCCUUCCAUCUUCACAAGUUUCCAUUGCUUUCUAGAAGUGGAGUUAUGGAGAAAUUGAUUGCAGAAGCUUCAGAAGAAGAAGACGAGAAUAGCAUCAUUCGCCUCCCAGAAGUCCCUGGUGGGGCUAAAACCUUUGAGCUUGUCGCCAAGUUCUGCUACGGUGUAAAGCUCGAGCUUACAGCCUCAAAUGUCGUGCACCUCCGCUGUGCUGCUGAUCACCUCGAGAUGACCGAAGAUUAUGGAGAAGGCAAUCUGAUUACACAGACAGAGACUUUUCUAAACCAUGUGGUGCUUCGCAAUUGGAAAGACUCGCUCAAGGCUCUCCAAACUUGUGAUGAUGACAUUCUUCCCUAUGCCGACAAACUAAACAUCACAAAGAGGUGCAUUGAUUCACUAGCCUCAAAAGCCAGUACAGAUCCCAACCUUUUUGGGUGGCCAAUGGUGGAGCAUGGUCCUAUGCAGAGCCCCGGGGGAAGUGUGUUGUGGAAUGGGAUAAGCACAGGAGCUAGGCCAAAAAACUCGAGUUCCGAUUGGUGGUAUGAGGAUGCAUCCACUCUGAACUUGUCUCUCUACAAGAGGCUGAUUUCUGCUAUGGAGUCUCGUGGUAUCCGGCAUGAAAUAAUUGCUGGAUCCCUUGCCUCCUAUGCAAAAAUGUACCUACCUGGUCUCAAUAGGCGUGGUCAAGGUGCUGCCUCUACUGACUCUAGCUCGCGGUUGGUAGCUUUGGGAGCUCCAGCUUCAGAAGAAGAGCAGAGGAAUUUACUGGAAGAGAUCGAAAGAUUGCUACCAAUGCAGAAGGGUCUAGUGUCCACAAAAUUUCUCUUCGGUCUACUCAAAACAGCAAUGAUUCUGAAGGCAGACAGUUCGUGUUUAUCGAGUUUAGAGAAGAGGAUAGGCAUGCAGCUUGAUCAAGCAACUCUAGAAAAUCUUCUGAUGCCUAAUUUCUCCCACUCCAUGGAGACACUUUACAAUGUCGAUUGUGUGCAGCGGAUUGUGGAGCAUUUCCUCGCCAUGGACCAGAUGAUUAGUGGUGGUGGUGCUUCUCCUGGUGGUUCGGUUGAUGACAGUCAGUUGAUUAUCGGAUCGCCAUCUUUGACCCCAAUCACAAUGGUGGCGAAGUUGAUCGAUGGGUACCUUGCAGAGGUUGCCCCUGAUGUUAAUUUGAAGCUCCCGAAGUUUCAGGCACUUGCUGCAGCUGUUCCUGAAUAUGCCAGGCCCCUCGAUGACGGCCUCUAUCGUGCUAUAGAUAUAUACUUGAAGUCUCACCCGUGGCUAGCUGAGUCAGACAGAGAACAACUGUGCCGGCUGAUGGACUGCCAGAAGCUGUCGCUGGAGGCGUGCACUCAUGCUGCACAGAACGAGAGGUUGCCCCUAAGGAUAGUAGUCCAAGUCCUAUUCUUCGAGCAGCUUCAGCUCAGGACAUCCAUUGCAGGUUGUUUCCUAGUCUCAGAGAAUCUCGACGGGUCGAGACAGUUGAUGAGGAGUGGGCUAGCAGGAGCAGCAGCAGGUUCAGGGGAAGGAGGAGGAGGAGGCUGGGCUUCAGCAGUGAGAGAGAACCAAGUCUUGAAAGUUGGGAUGGACAACAUGAGAAUGCGGGUAUCAGAGCUCGAGAAAGAAUGCUCCACGAUGAGGCAGGAGAUCGAGAAACUCGGGGGACGCCCCACCAAACCAGCUGUCUCUGCACCUACUUCGUCUUCUUUGAGCGCUUGGGGGAGCAUGUCGAAGAAGCUCGGGUUCAGGAUGAAGUCGCAAAUGUGCAGCGCUCAAGAAGGGUCCGUGAGCAACAACCAGACCCCGAGUAAUAGUGGGAGCGGGAAGAUGGAGAAAGCAAAGCAAAGGCGCCCAAAGCACAAGAACAAACUUGCUCCCUGAUGGUGGUAAGGUAACCAACACUCAUUUGUAACUCGAUCUGUUGAUAAUAAAGUCAGUCUAGUGUUGUUGGGAAUCUGACUCGAUCGAUUGUUCGGAGAAGGUGAAAAGGCAAUACCUUUGUCUAGUUGUUCCCUCCUUGACGUUCCUUCUUUCCUCCAUUCUGUCUAAUUUGUAGAUGUUUCGAACUUGUCAGGAAUAUGUAAUGCACUCUUUGUAAUGGUGGUAGUGGAUCGUCGAUGAAUGUUGUUGUAGUUCUCGUAAAGUUCCGGUGGCGUGAA